UCCGGGCGCACGCUGCUGGGCCGCCGCCGCCAGGCCCGAGUUCCCCGAGCGCCCGCCGAGCUGUCGGUGCGCCCCGCUUAGCCGCGGCCAUGGGGAUCCUGGAGAAGAUAUCCGAGAUCGAGAAGGAGAUCGCUCGGACGCAAAAGAACAAGGCCACCGAGUAUCACCUGGGCUUGCUGAAAGCAAAACUCGCCAAGUAUCGGGCCCAGCUCCUGGAACCAUCCAAAUCUGCCUCAUCCAAAGGAGAGGGCUUCGAUGUCAUGAAGUCGGGUGAUGCCCGUGUGGCACUGAUUGGAUUUCCCUCUGUGGGUAAGUCCACCUUCUUGAGUCUAAUGACCUCCACAGCCAGUGAGGCUGCGUCCUAUGAAUUCACAACCCUGACGUGCAUCCCCGGGGUCAUUGAAUACAAAGGAGCCAACAUUCAGCUCUUGGACCUUCCUGGAAUCAUCGAAGGUGCAGCACAAGGGAAAGGCCGCGGCCGACAGGUGAUUGCUGUGGCACGCACAGCCGACGUCGUCAUCAUGAUGCUGGACGCCACCAAGGGAGAGGUGCAGAGGUCUCUGCUGGAGAAGGAACUGGAGUCUGUGGGCAUCCGCCUCAACAAGCACAAACCUAACAUCUACUUCAAGCCCAAGAAAGGUGGUGGCAUCUCCUUUAAUUCAACAGUCACGCUGACCCAGUGCUCAGAAAAGCUGGUGCAACUCAUCUUGCACGAGUACAAGAUCUUCAAUGCAGAAGUGCUCUUCCGAGAGGACUGCUCCCCGGACGAGUUCAUCGACGUGAUCGUGGGCAACCGGGUGUACAUGCCCUGCUUGUAUGUUUAUAACAAAAUUGACCAGAUCUCAAUGGAAGAAGUGGAUCGCCUGGCCCGGAAACCCAACAGUGUGGUCAUCAGCUGUGGCAUGAAGCUGAACCUGGACUACUUGCUUGAAAUGCUUUGGGAGUACUUGGCCCUGACCUGCAUCUACACCAAGAAGAGAGGACAGAGGCCGGACUUUACAGACGCCAUCAUCCUACGGAAAGGGGCCUCCGUGGAGCAUGUGUGCCACCGCAUCCACCGGUCGCUGGCCAGCCAGUUCAAGUACGCGCUGGUGUGGGGCACCAGCACCAAGUACAGCCCGCAGCGCGUGGGCCUGACCCACACCAUGGAGCAUGAAGAUGUCAUUCAGAUCGUCAAGAAGUAGUGGCCUGGGGCCAGGCCCCUGGCCACCCACCUCGUCUCCCUGGGCCAUCAGACCCAGUGGCACACUCUGAAGUCCAAACAGGAAGAAUACAAAUACACGUAUUCCAGGAAGGGGUCUCUCAGGUCUGGUUUUUCCAGAAGUUUCUUCAAUAGACAAAUGAAGAGUGUGUGGGAGUGAGGGACCAGGUGGGGGUCUUAUGUUGGGCUGGGGCACUUCACAUAAGACUAGCCCCUUGGAUGGGGGUUCUGAAUUUGGAGCCAUGGGCCUAUGCCCUACCCCUUGCCCUAUUUGGGCAUCGAGUGAGCAAGCUGCCCCCUUACUUCCCAGCAGGGCCUAAUGUACAUAGUGGCUCGAUGCUGGGGUGGGGAGCUGGGCCUGCCUGGGUCCCCAAAAGGAUAGUUACUGUAGGGGUGCCUUGGCUUUCUGCUCCCAUAGUUUCUCUGGUACUCAGGAAGGGAGCCUCCCAGGACAAAACCCCUAACCCCUUUUUGGCCCCACCUCUGCCCCGGGCUGCCCAGUGGUGGAAACUUGAGGUCAGUGGUUUUAAAAGACCCAGUUCAUGCCCUCCACAGCCUGAUGAGUCCUGAGGUGCCACCCCCUCCCAGGGCAGCCCCGGGUACUGUGCAGACACCUGGGCAGGAUCUCAGAGCCUGGGUGUUUCUCUCUGAGCCCUCUGAUCUCGGCACCCUCUGAAAUAAAGGACAAGGACAGCCUGUUGUUCAGAGU